AUGAUUCAAAUACAGCUUAGAGCUGAAUGGAUAUAAGGUCGUUUUCCCAUCGACAUUCGUAGUGUGCAAUCGGAUCACGAAUUCUUGGGACCGGACUCACUACGAGCACUCUAUCGUCGUCUAAACACAUUAAAUCGAUGUGCGAUCAUGCGUAUUGAUCAGGUCGUCCUUAGAAGAAGGAACGACGGCUACGGUUACGGUAUGUACGACGCAUUUGAUGAUGACGAUAGCGGGGAAAAACGAAAUGGACGUAUUGCCGAUCCGUUGCCAUAUUGGCUGAGUCGUUGA